GGGCGCGCAUUACCCACCCCGUAUUCAGUUAUUAAAGGUCCAAACACUCGUCUCGUGCUCUGCCUUUUAUCAGGCGAUAACAAGUGAACUCGAGUCUCAACAGAGGCUACAAUCUCACAAACCUUGUAUAGGUAGUUCAUAUAUUCGGCGACACCCUGCAUGAUGCCGCGGAAACCAACAAAGCGAGCGUGGGAUGAGGGAGAUGAAGAGCCGACCAAACCAACCACGCGUCUCUAUGGACGCAAGAGGGCCAAAGCAGAACCAAACUUGCCAAAGGAAGAAAAACGUAAACGCCGUUUUCGACCAAACCCGCCCCAAAGCUUCCAUGAGAUAUAUAAUCGAGCAAUGACCCAAAGAUUCUACGUCAUAAGUCGCCAUCGAGAUGACUCGGUUCCGCAAGAGAGAGUUGAGCUUGCGGGUUCAACUGGCAAUGUCUACACCAUUACAAUAUCCCAUUGCCCAUCCUGCAAUUGCCCGCAUGCCUUAAAGGGCAACCAGUGCAAACACAUUCUCUACGUAAUGUCGCGUGUCCUUCACGCCAAGUUCGAACAUGUCUAUCAGCUCGCACUCCUGACCGACGAACUCCAUGAGAUCUUUCGCCAGGCACCCAUCCCAGCUAAGGACGCAUCCUCACCGGAAAAAAACGUAGACAAGCGGCGGAAGCCUGUGGAAGGAGACUGCCCCAUCUGCUUUACGGAGCUCGAUGCCAAGAGCAGCGAGUCUGUUGUCUGGUGCCGCGCCGCCUGCGGCCAGAACAUGCACAAGAGCUGCUUCAAAAUGUGGGCUAGAGUCAAGAAGCAGGCAGUGACCUGUCCAUUUUGCCGGAGCCCCUGGCAGGAGGACGAGGAGACGGCCAAGACGAUCCUGAAGGAGGGUAAGGUCACUGCCGAAGGCUAUGUCAAUGUGGCUGACCAACUUGGCAUAAGUACUGUUCAGGUGGCAGAUACGAGUACUUACUCUCGCUGGUGGAGCGGCCACUACGGUCGUCGUGGUUACUGGUAG